UCCCUUACAGCCACAUCUAAGGACCUGCUUCAUUCACUCUAGCUGCACAGGUUGUUUAGCGAGUGGAGAGUGAGAGGGGGAGACCAGAAGAGGCAAAGGAGAAUAUAAGCAGCUGCUGGAGAAGGGAAACAGGACAGUAGGUGAAAAAGAGAGAGUUUCUGUUCAGUGUAUUGCUUUGAGUCGGGGUGUGAGGAGUUAGGUAAAGGACAGAGAACACAAGUCUUCAGGAGUGGGACUACUCAGGAAGUUUCUUUCAACCUCCAAGGAGGUUUUAGUGAUCUUCGGAAGAGACCCCUACUUUCUGCUGGGAGUCAGACCCCCAGGAUCCAAAGUCAUGGAUCCCUCUGUGUCUACCGAGGUCGAGGAGAAGUCCAAGGAGAGGAAUAAGAUCCAAUUUGCUGUGUCAACCGAGGUUGAGGAGAAACCCAAGGAGAGGAAGAAGAUCCAAUUUGCUGUGUCUGAGGAUGAGGAGGAGCCCAAGGAGAGGAAGAUCCAUUUUAAUAUGCCGGCCUCUGUACCCUCCAACCUGGACCCUCGGCAAGUGGAGAUGAUUCGACGCAGGAGGCCAACACCUGCCACGCUGUUCAGAGUAGCCGACCAAUCAUCUCCUGAGGAUGAUCAGUCCACCCAUCAGGUAAAGUGGGUCGUAGGAGAGAACGGAGUACUCAAACCAAAACGUGUCAACCCAAAUGUGUAUCAGCCUCCUUCACUCAGAGCUGUGCAGAAGAUGGCCGAAGCACAUAUGCAGCACCUAGGUGUCUACCCCCCCUUGGAAGACCCUUGUGAAGGGGAGGAGGAGGGGGACGACUGGCAGGGACAGGACACAUCUCCUAUCCAAGCUGCUGAUCACCAAGAGACGACGACCAUCGAGCAGUCAGACAAGUUCUCCAGUGUGAGAGAGACGGCCAAAGAGAUCCAGACAACACAGGAAGAAGAGAGGGAGGAGGACGACGAGGAUGAAGAGAAGGAAACGACAGAGGAGAACAGGCGGGGGGAGUAACUAAGAGAGAGAAGGGGAAAAACUGGGGGGAGUGAAGGUGUUUUGUGAAAUGGUUAAAAGCUAAAGAACUGAAGUGUUGUUUUGUGGAUGUGUGUGAAGACAACUGAAGAUGAGAGCCUCCAUGAAAUCCAACAUGAGACUGAGCAAAGAUCUCUGUUUGCUUCUAAAGAUUGAAAGGGAAAGGUGGAUUAAAGAGAGGACAGAGAGGAGUCAGCCCUCAUGAGCAGGUGAGGAAUGAUCUGCUGACCGAGCAGUAAUGUCCCUUUGUCUAUAAUGAGAGUGGAGGGACAACAAGGUCAACAUGACCAAAUACCCUGACCAACAAGACCAGUCCUCCCUCUACCUUAAUGCUUCUACACAAAGAUAAAUGUUUCUCUAAAGAUGAUAAUUAUUACCACAAUAAUCACACACAUAUUUGUCACAGAAUCUGUCACUGAUAAGACAAAUGCAAAAAAAUCCUAUACAUACUGUGUGAUUCAACUUUAUUUUGAAACAUCAUGUUAUGAUUUGCAGAAAAUGUGAUGUUUGGAUCAAACGUGCUUGUGCUGCCAUCUUGUGGUGGAAAUUGGGAAUGUUUUGAAGUGAUACUACAGCUAAUAUCCAUCUUAAAUAUAUUACAAUAAUUAAAAUGUUUUCAUAAAGGCCCUCUAUUGUCAGUAAAUAUUUAAUGAAAUAUAGAUACUGAACACACUUGGAGUAUCACUUUAUGUAAGACUUAAUAAUAAGUAAGCUCCAAAAUGUUUGGUCUAUAACUGUGUUAAAUCCAAGAGCCAUUGGGUGUGUUUGAUUAUUUCAUACCAUAUUUUUUUAUAUUUAAUUCUUCUUUUAAAAAUUGAAUCUUAAAAGGGCAAAGCUACCUCUAAUUAGUUUGAAAUACCAAAUGGUUGCUUUCAUGCAUUACACAUUUAAACUGGAUUGUGAAGUGACACCAUGAAAAGAAAAAUAAUAUAUUUAAAUUCUAAUACAGUUCACUCAUUUGCGAUUUUUCAGGCUCACAAAUUCCCUUUUGUAUGUCAUCGCUUUUCUAUUGUCAUCUUUUCAAUUGUUUGUUAGGAUCUGUUGUUAAAGCUAUUUUUCUAAUCUAACAUCCGGUGUAUGAGUAGCUCAGCUCUGUCCUGUUUCCGCUGUCUAUAUCCAACUUGCAAGCCUAAAACCAGGCACUGUGGUUACUGUAUAACUGACAUUCUAGCAAAGCUGUCUUUUUAACCACAUAUAUUCACUUUGUCUCUCUUUUCUAAGGUUUUUUAAAUCAGCAUCUGAUCUGAUUUCCAGUUUAGCUGAAUAUAAAGGAUUUGAUAUAUUAGUGGAAAGGAUUCCAGUUGUGCCACAAAAAUUAAAUGUUUGUUUCCUCUGAGCUGCGGUUUGUAAAUAAAAAGUGUGUCGAACUUGGACCUCUGACCUGCCCAAAUAAUGGGAUGAAUGGAUGAGGCUCUGCAGCUGAUUCUCUGUCCCCCUCCCCUCUCCACCGGGUCAGCAGGACUAUGGAAAGACAUGUAUGAACUAUUAUGUUUAUUCUGUCUUUAUUUUUAUUUUAUUUGUCCAUUCUCUUACUUUCUCAAUGUGAUGUGUUUGUUUUUAAAAUAAACAACUUAUCCUGUUUCUCCUUUAAACUGA